AUGGAUGACGUCAGAAAAAAGGUAUAUAACGUGUUGAACUACUUCCAUACGGAUGAUAACUUCAAUCGGGUUACAUUCGGAUUGAAGAGAAAUGCCUUGUCGGCCCGCUUUGUCCGGUGGAGGUUUGCGGACUUGGUGCUAUUGGGAGUGUUGUGUGUUUUAUAUAUUAUCACGUAUAAGAUAGAGCCAUUUGAGAGACAGUUUUACAUUAACGAUCUUACGAUAUCUCAUCCGUUUGCAGAAUCCGAACGAGUAACAAAUGGGGCAUUGUUCUUCUAUUCGGUGUGGGAGCCAAUAAUCAUUAUCGGGGUGAUAGGACUAAUCAUGACGAAGCCCGAAAAUAAGAUCUACGUCACAUACGUAUCGAUUCUUGGACUUUGUAUAUCUUGUUUUACUACUAGCGUUAUUACUGACGUUCUUAAGAAUGCCAUCGGCAGGCACCGUCCUGAUUUCCUUGCUCGUUGCGUUCCCAAGAGCGACGCACCUCUCAAUGUAAUGGUGUUUGCUAAGGAUGUCUGCACCACCGAGAAUCUCGAAUUAUUGAAGGAUGGGUUUCGUACCACUCCUUCUGGCCAUUCCAGUAUCAGUUUUUCUGGUCUCGUGUACUUGUCAUUGUGGUUAAGUGGUCAAUUGGUAAUCAUGAACGAAAACCUGGGCUAUUGGAGAUCCAUCGUUGCCUGGAUUCCUACAUUGCAAUGUACAUACAUUGCUUUAAGUCGUACAGAAGACUACAGACAUCAUUUUGUCGAUGUUAUCAUAGGAAGUGCUCUUGGUUUUGGUGUUGCUUGUUGGGCUUAUCGCAGAUUAUUUCCGCGUAUCACCCAUCCAAAAUCAUAUGAACCAUAUAUUAUUAUUUCUGAAGAUGAAGAAAAUGACAAUCCAGAUACACACUAUAAUAUAAUCAACCAGGAUGAAUCUCUUAGUGUUUAG